UGGGGGCAGUUUGGUACCUCAGCACAGGGAGGUCGGUGUCUGAUGGAUCGACACCACUUACGAAGGAACAGUUAGCUGCUACUUGUUUAACGGUGGAACACAACUGGCUUAAGAAAACGAAUAAAGUCCCGAGCAGUGAUUAUCAAUGGAUGAUUCAUGGAAAUCAGCCAUUGGGCAAAACGCCCCUCUGGUCAUACUUUCGUUCCUUCAAACGGACUCUAAAAUCGUAAACUACAACGAGGAGCUUUCCUCUUUGAGCACACUAAUCAACCGGGACAUCAACUGCAAUGGUCUCAUGAUGGACACUGACGACGAAGGAGGCCUGGAAACGGACGGCCACUUAUCUAGCUGCAUCGCCAUGUCUAUGGGUGAUAUUCAGCCUUCAGUGCAACUGCAGGGGCCUGAUGAAGCAGCCAUUCAGCGGGUAGCAGAAGAGUUGAGAUAUAUUGCAGCCCAGCUUGAGCACAACGUGGUGGCUCAGGCUACCCAGAACCUGAGCAAUAACGUACUGUCCUCCACCACUCAAUAUUGGAAAAAACAUCUUAGCCAGGAGGUGGACAAGGCGUUGAGGCAGGGAGUGUGUCUCAGAGAUCUUCCCCAGGAGCAAAUCAUCGUGGCCCUCAGUCUCACGCUGGUGAAGGGAGUGUGUCAGCAGGCUCCACAUCUGCUGAGGAACCUGUUUGACAUUGCGCUGGACUACAUCAGACGUGACUUCUGACUUUUGAGCUGCAGGCUCAGAGGAAAUACUCAAGAAAUGUGUGGUGGAGAAGACUGCCAAAUGUGAAACAUCUGCCUCUCGCGACCAGUCAACUGUGACCACAGCUUUGUCAACUAGUAAAAACGCUCGUCAAAUGAAGGGAAAGUGACACUGAAUGAUCAGUGUUUUGGAAAUUGAAGUUACACUGAAGUUUUUUUCAUUAAUGUUCUGAAUCUUUUACAUUGAAAUUCCGUUGCUUCAGUUUACUUACUUGAAAGUAUAUCUUUGUAAUUAAAUGUUUUGAUUUUUUUAAUGUAUUGAAUUGUGUGCUUUGUGUACUGUUUACUUUGUAUAUUCAUUCCAAUGAUUUCAGUUGAAUGGUAAUGUCUUAAAAUAAUGAAAUGUUAUAUUUUUGAAGCAGUGUAACAGUCCUCCUGCUAUUAAACUGAACAAAGCACAGAAA